UAAAUGUUGAGGCUCUAAAUUGAAUUAAUUGUGAUUGUGAAUUUUAAAUUUUUGGUACAUAAAAAUGGAUGAUAACGAAGAAGACGACAUCCCAGUUCCGAUUAACAACGACUUGGAACGCCGGAUAGCGGACGCUUUUGAAGUUUUCGAUCACGCCGGCAACAAAAACGUGGACAUCCGAGAAAUCGGUACGAUAAUCCGUGGACUGGGUUGUUGUCCUACCGAAGCCGAAAUCCAAGAAAUCAUCGUAGGUGUGGAAAAUCCAGAAACUCCUGGCAGCGUGCACUUGUCCAAGUUUUUGCCUUACGUAUCGCAGUUGAUUACAGAACACAAGUAUGAGCCUGCCAGUCCUGAAACUCUUCUGGAAGCUUUCCGGACUCUGGAUCCUGAGCAGCAUGGGUUUUUGACCAAAGAUUACAUUUCCACUUUGAUGACGCAAGACGGUGAACCGUUUAACCAGGAUGAGCUGGAUGAAAUGCUGGAAAUCGCCAUCGAUCCUCAUACUCAUACUAUACCUUAUGAGUAUUAUAUUAAUCAACUCAUGUACGAACCUGAAGGCGAAAAAAACGUCUACAAUUUGGCCGACCGGGUCGAAAGAGAAAAACCGCCGCCUCCGGCGGCAUCCACUCGAAGAUUGUCAGAGUAUUUGAAAAUGGCCGAAGAAUUAGCAAAUUAAAAACAAUAUUUAUUACAAUUUAGAAAAUACAACAUCAGAAUCCUUGGUGAUUUGUGCCAUUGUAGCGUUGAGCAAAUCUUCGCUUUGCAACAUCGCCUGGUUUAAUAAAGCCUGUAAAAUAAAAUAUGUUUAAUUUUAUUGCAGAUUGAGGAAACCCAAUAGAGGCUUACGAUUUGAUCCAAGCCUUCUUGCACCGUAUGGUCUCUGGAAUAAAUCAGAUUGGUUUUGGUUGUUUGCACCGCUACAGGACUUUUUUUGGAUAUUUCUUCUGCCAGAGCUAGGACACCUUGCAGCAUUCUACAAGAGUAUUUGCAAUAAAAACUAUUUUAGCAAUUUAAUAUUAAUUACUCUUCUUUAUUGUCAUAAACCUUAGAUACCAAGCCACAGUUCAAUGCUUCAUGUGCAGGCAAUUGUCUGCAAGUAUAGCAAAGCUCUCUAACAAGGCUAUCACCACCAAUAACUUUGGGUAGGCGUUGCAAACUUCCUAUAUCAGCAGCCAAUCCAAGAUCAACUUCUUUGACUUGAAAAUAGGCAUCUUUGGUGCAAUACCUCAUAUCUGCAGCUGUAACUAAAUCAACUCCAGCUCCAAUACAAGCAUUAUGUAUGGCAGCAAUUACAGGUUUGUUGCACCUUUCCAAAGACGACAUGCUUUGCUGGUAGGGCCGAAGGAAAUUGUUUAGGAGUAGUUUUGCUUUGCGGGCAAUGUCUUCUUCUGCACCAAUUUUGGAGCCGUUUUUUGCAAAGUCUUUAAAGUCGCUGCAGUGAAUAGUUUGCCUGCUCCGCUGAGGACCACAAUUCUGCAAUCUUCGUUUAAGCUCAAAUGGUCGAAGCACUCUUUGAUUUCACUUUAUAAAAGAAUUAGUGGGCAACAUAGAAUAAGGUUUUUACUUACCUGAAGAAUUUAUGCGUAAUGGCGUUUAAUUUGGUUGGCCUGUUCAAUUCCACGUGGAAGAUGUAGUCUUUUGGAACUGUGACUGAUAGAAAUUCGAAUGUGGGAGUUUGGGAGGACAUUCUUGCCAUAUUGGGAUCUGUGGAGUUUAUAUGAAGUCUGUGAAUAUCGCGCAGUUCUAUCACGAAAUGUUACAUUAAAAAAAAAAACAGGUUUUAACAAAGACGCAAUAAAAUAGUUACAAAACUUAUGAGUUGUUUGGCAAUGUCCAUUUGCCAGUUGGAUGCUGGUUGCUGAUGAAUAAUGAGCUUUUUUAAAUUUACAAGUAUACACCGUGAUUUACGUAGCCCGUGCACUAGAAGUUUUCCAGAUUGCAGGUGGAUUAGUAGAGAUAGCAUUUAAUCCAUCUGCAAUCUAAUGCACGGGCCACGUAAAUCACCCUGUGUUAUUAGCAUGAAAUUACUUGUUAAAGUGUGUUUUAAAUGUACCAAAUAAAAAAUAAGCAAUUAGCUGAGUGACUGAUGGGACAGUCCAUCUUUUGAAUGGGCUAGGAACAGCGUUAAAUUGCUGGAGUAAUUAUUUUUUUAUAACUUACAGAUGCUGCUAGGUAAAACCUGCUUGAUCAAGGCAGGUCUAGCGAUAAUUCUUGAAAACAAUACCAUAACUCAAUAGUUUAAAAUUGCAGAUUACAAUAAUACCAGAGCCCCUGUUGUACUUUUGAACCUUUAUUUUUAUAAAUAAAAUUUGUUUAUGAACAAAAUGUACUUUGCACUUUUAAGAAUAAGCUCGAUUUUUGAAUGAAAAUAAUAAAUAAAAACAACUUCAUAACCUCAAUACCGAG